AUGCUGCUGAUUUUCUUCCUUAUAUCAGGAGAGUUCAUUAGCAAUACUGAUGCGCAAUUGAUGGAUUGCUUGGAGUCCGACCGAGGAGCUCUUCUCGACUUCAAAACUGGUCUUGAAGAUCCCAAAAGCCGGCUUUCGUCAUGGAAAGGGAGCAACUGUUGUCAGUGGUGGGGAAUAAGCUGUGACAAAGCUGGGGCUGUUUCAACAGUUGAUCUCCACAACCUCGGUGGGGAAAUAAGACCUUCAUUGACAAAACUUAGGUCCUUGAAACAUCUGGAUUUGAGUUUCAACACUUUCAAGGUAAUACCUGACUGGCUUGUCAAUAUUAGCAGCCUUGUAACUGUCGAUUUGAGCAAUAGUGGCCUGCAUGGAAGGAUCCCACUUGGCUUUAGUGAGCUUCCAAAUUUGCAGUUUUUGAGUCUUCGUCGGAACAGUGACCUCACAGCAAGUUGCCCUCAGUUGUUCAGUGGAAGAUGGGAAAAGAUAAAUGUUCUUGACUUGGCUUCUAAUAAUCUGCAUGGAAAACUUCCUUCUUCCAUUGGAAACAUGACAUCUCUCACUUACUUGGAUCUUUCUGACAAUAAUGUUGAGGGUGGAAUUCCAAGUUCUAUUGGAAAGCUCUGUGACCUCAAAUUUCUGUGUAUAUCAGGUAAUAACUUGACUGGAGCCUUACCUGACUUCCUUGAAGGAACACAAAGUUGUCAUUCUUGGAGCCCACUGCCUAGUCUUCAGUACUUGGAUUUGUCAAACAAUCAAUUGGUUGGUAAAUUGCCAGAAUGGUUGGGUCAAGUUAAGAGUCUAGCUGAACUUGAUUUGAGCUACAACUUGCUAUAUGGCCCGAUUCCAGCUUCUUUAGGGUCACUGAAAAAUCUUACAGGUUUGGCAUUAGGAGGCAACAGACUAAAUGGGACUCUCCCAUAUAGUUUAGGGCAACUUUCUGAAUUGUCUUACUUUGAUGUUUCUUUCAAGCAGCUGACCGGGGUAGUCAAUGAAACGCAUUUUCUAAAGCAAUAUAAGUUGAGAUUUCUAAAACUCUUUUCAAACUCUUUGAUGCUCAAUGUCAGUUCGAAUUGGGUCCCUCCAUUCCAAGCAGGGAGUAUUAGAAUGGGUUCAUGCCAUCUUGGUCCUUCAUUUCCAACUUGGCUUAGAACACAAAAGGAGGUCAACUUCUUGGAUUUCUCAAAUGCCGGCAUUUCCGAUUUUGUUCCUUAUUGGUUUUGGGAUGAAAUCUCCUCAAAUCUCACAUUCUUGAAUGUUUCCUUUAAUCAAUUAAAAGGUCACCUACCAAGUCCACUAAAUAUAUCUCCCUCUGCAGAUGUUGACUUGAGCUUUAACCUUUUCGAAGGGCCUAUUCCUCUCCCAAUUGUGGGAGCAGCCGGAGGAGGAGUCCUUGAUCUAUCCAACAAUAAACUUUCAGGGCCUAUUCCACAAAAUAUAAGUUCUUCCCUACCUAACUUGGGCUUCCUCUGUCUUUCUACAAACCAGAUAAUAGGAGAAAUCCCAGCUUCUUUCGGCAGCAUGGAAUUCCUUCAAGUCAUUGAUCUCUCAAGCAACAAAUUACUAGGAAACAUCCCAGCAAGCAUUGGGAACUGCUCUUUCCUAAAGGUAUUGGACCUCAGUAACAACAAUUUAUCUGGUAAUAUUCCGGCCUAUUUGGGUAAACUACGGUUUCUCCAAACCUUGCAUCUAGGGGGCAACAAGCUUUCGGGAAGGAUCCCAUCAUCUUUAAAGAACUUGUCAAGUUUGGAGACAUUGGAUCUUGGAAACAACAGACUAAUAGGAAGACUACCACAAUGGAUUGGGAAAGAAGGACUUGAAAAUCUAAGAAUUCUAAGCUUGAGGUCAAACUCAUUCUCCGGAGAAUUGCCUUCUAUGCUUUCAAAUUUAAGCUCAUUACAAGUGCUGGACCUGGCAGAAAAUCUGUUCAAUGGCUGCAUCCCUGCUAGUUUUCGAGAUUUCAAAGCCAUACACCGGUAUCUUUUCUAUGGUAACUACAGGGGUAAGUAUUAUGAAGAAAAAUUGUUGGUGAAUAUGGAAGGCCAGAUUCUGACAUACACGAAGACACUAUCUCUUGUAACAAGCCUGGACCUCUCUGGCAACAAUUUGAAUGGAGAUAUUCCCGAGGAAAUCACAAAUUUACUUGGUUUGGUUGUUCUGAACUUGUCCCAAAAUCAUUUUAGUGGUCACAUUCCCAUUAGCAUUUCAAACAUGGGACAAUUGUUAUCACUUGAUCUCUCAAGUAAUAGGCUUUGGGGUCCGAUUCCUGUAAGCUUGUCAUCACUUUCAUUCCUGGGGUAUCUCAAUUUGUGUAACAACGGUUUUUCUGGUAUGAUUCCUUAUACUGGUCACAUAAUGGCUUUUGACGAAUCUUCUUUUGCCGGGAAUCCAGGACUUUGUGGUGCUCCACUUGCUGUGAAUUGUCCGGGUGAUGAUGAACUGAACAAGGGGCCGGUUGUCAACGAAAACCACGAUGAUGGCAACUUCAUUGAUAAGUGGUUUUAUUUGAGUGUUGGGUUGGGGUUGGCUGCAGGACCUCUAGUUCCUUAUGUCAUGUUUGCCAUGAGAAGACCUUGGAGAGAUGCUUACUUUCGAUUUAUGGACAGUUUUGUAGAAAGAAUAUCAUGGUUUGGUACAUAUAGGAGCUGA